GCAGCCCGUGUAGUUUUGUUUGCUCCCUGCCUGUCACCACAGCAUGUAAACAUUCAUACACGGAACAGAUCCGUGGUGAAACGCUACUGGGCGACAGGAGCCCUCUUAUUUUAUUUUAUUCAUCAAUAAACCUGAGCAGGGAGGGAGGCUGCCCAGGUCGUUCUGCUGUGUAUUUAUAUGAAUAUUAAAAAAAAGAAAGGAGAAGCUGGUGGACGCUUUCAUUGUGAGGUGGACCGAGGUACAGCAGCUAAAGCGGGGCUCGCCGAACCACCAUGGCAGCGGCGACAAGCGACGACGGAGCGGCUUUCUCCGACGUCCACAGCCGGGAAUGGGAUGAGUCCCAGCUCCGAAAAUACUCGUUUCCAACCAAGCCCAUUCCCCGGCUGUCUUGCACGGAUCCCAGAGCAGAGAUGCUUAUAAACAACGAGGAACCAGUGGUUUUAACGGACACCAACCUCAUAUAUCCAGCACUGAAGUGGGACAUCCCAUACCUCCUGGAGAACAUUGGAAAUGGAGACUUCUCUGUUUACAGUUCAGAAAACCACAAAUUCCUCUACUAUGACGAGAAGAAAAUGUGCAACUUUACGGACUUUGUUCCCAAAUCUCGUCGAAUGGAGAUGAAAUUCUCUGAGUUUGUGGAUACCAUGCAAAAAAGAGAAGAAGAGGGAGGAGAGGAUAGAGUCUAUUUGCAGCAAACACUGAAUGACACAGUAGGAAAGAAGAUUGUUGUUGAUUUUCUUGGUUUCAACUGGAACUGGAUCAACAGACAGCAAGCCACGCUGAACUGGGGACCGCUGACGUCCAACUUGCUGCUGGUUGGCAUGGAGGGCAAUGUGACUCCGGCACAUUAUGACGAGCAGCAGAACUUCUUUGCACAGAUAAAAGGCCAUAAGAGAUGCAUCCUCUUCCCCCCAGACCAGUUUGAGUGUCUCUAUCCUUACCCUGUCCAUCACCCGUGUGACAGACAGAGCCAAGUUGAUUUUGAUAACCCUAACUAUGAGAAGUUUCCAAAUUUUAAAAACGUUGUUGGCUAUGAAGCUGUUGUGGGACCUGGAGAUGUUCUCUACAUCCCGAUGUAUUGGUGGCAUCACAUCGAGUCAUUGUUGAACGGUGGAGUGACUAUCACGGUUAACUUCUGGUACAAAGGAGCUCCAACACCGAAGAAGAUAGAGUACCCUCUGCGAGCUCAUCAAAAAGUUGCCAUCAUGAGGAAUAUUGAGAAAAUGCUUGGAGAAGCACUUGGAGAUCCCCAUGAGGUCGGGCCGUUACUAAAAACAAUGAUCAAAGGGCGAUAUGACCAGGGCCUCAGUUAGAGCUCCAAUGUUGCAACUGCUGAAUGGACUGCUCCACAAACUGUUUGCAUGUUAAGUGUGUGUGUUUUUUUUUUUUUUUUUUUUUUUUUUCUUCUUCUUUUUGUGUGCAUUCUGUCAUUGGAGCUAGGCGCCAGUGCAUGGCCGUAAUCAGCCAUAAUGAAAAAAAAUUCUGCUUCUGUCUCAGAAUGCCGUUUUCUCAACAACUGCUCCGAGUAAAGGAAGAAAAAUGAAUUAAAUUAGGACUUCAUCCAACUUGAAGAUGCUUUUUUUGCAGUUGGUGAGAAGAAAUGAAGACAUAUUUCUUUGAAUCAGUGUUUCCUUAAGUCUUACAAUUUCUGCUUUUGGCCUUAAGUUUUAAUAUUUGUGUCUGCGAGGAAACAGUGUUUUGAGUGCUUGUUUAGAUGAGGGGUAAAAUAGAACCACAGAGAACAUAUAAAAAGAUACUUUAUCUACAAGUAAUAAACUUAAUCAAUAUUAAAUUCUUAUCACAAAACAACAUUAGAAAUGAGUGUUCUACGACAAUUUAUCUACAUUAGGUAAUUUCGUACUAAUGUGCAGUCAUUUAUUAGCAAGACUGGCCACGAUUUCAAAAUAUCAAAAUCCAUUGCUAUAUGAUGAUGAUAAAUGUAUGGCUGUGAAACAAAGGAUGCAGCUGAAGGUAUAUGAAUAAUUUUUAUAAAUGCUUUUGGUUGUCUUUAAUUUGUAUCUUAAGUGCUUUAAUGGAUUUGCAGCCAAAAAAUCCGGUAAGAGGAUUGCUGAAAAUAAGUGUUGCAACUUUAGUUGCUAGAACUAGUUUCUCUUAAAUUGUAAUUACACCAAGUUAAAAGGUACAAAUAAUAAUUAUAUUCUACCAGUUGACUGAACUAGUGAGACCAAGUGCUGGCAUGAAGCUUUGUAAAAGCAAAUGUUGCGAAGCUUAAAGCACCAUCUAGUGGUCAGAUUUGAAAUAACUUGUUAGACUGUCCGGAUUUUUUAGAAUAGGAAACUAGAAAUAUAAUCAGUAAGCAAUAUUUAGGCUCCAUUAUUGUUAUCUCUAAGUUAUCAAUGAUCUGACAUGCACUUGUUUUGACCUUUUUUUCCCCCCAAAGCCUUUGUAAAGGCAAAUGCUAAUCAGCCUUUAAUUUACGGUAAAUGUCCCCUUUAAAGGUCUCUAGGACAGGUGGAUACAAGACUUUCUUUGCUUCAAAUAUUUCUGAGGAGUUUUUCGGUGCUUCAGAUCCGAGUGAAGCAAGAAGCAGAAUAUUGAGUGGUGUGCCAAACAAAUUGAGCUCCAUGUUCAAAAAGUUGGUUGACACAGAUUUUCUUCUUGUUAACUGAUGGUGAAUAGAGUACUAAUUGCACUCUAUUCAAAUGGUUUUAAUUCAUGUGUAAAAAUUUAUCUGGGUGGGGUUUCUUAUGUGAAUUGUUUACUGAAUGCAUUUGCCUGAUACAUGGCAAAAAAAGAAAGGUGAUUUUAAACUUUUCUAUAUUAUGGUGAAUGUGUUUGCUUUCACUUUGGCAUUAAAAGGUUUAAAUGUGAAAUUGUUACAGUUUCCUUUUAUGUCAAGUUUGUUUGGUGAUUCAGUUUUCAAUAUAAAAAACUUUUCUUUUAUAAGAUUGAGGUGUUUAAAUGGCUUUUUUUUGUAGCCGUACUCAGACAAGGAAAGGACUCAAGAUCAGGAAUUGAAUCCUGAAUUAGACCUGUCAAAUAAGAAAUGAAGUAUCUUAUAUUUAGUUUGUAAAAAAAAGUUUUGGUUGUUUAUUUGGUAUUUUAAAUCCAGCUCAAGAACUGCUCCAGUUCAACCAAAGUGUAAAGUAGGCACUAGGACAAACUAUUAGUAAAAUGCUUCUUUGAACUUUUGAAUUACUGCAACUUUAAUCAGUGAGUCAAAAGUCAAAAUACUGAUUAGAAGAAUUUCACAAUUGUGGAACAAAUUGUUAGAAACAUGUUUCUUUAAUACAAAACUGCAUUUAUUAAGCAUUAAUAGGUUUUUGUCAUAUAGAAAAUGGGAGGAGGAAAAAAAUGAUUCUGGAAAACAAUUUUUCCAAACUCAAUUUUUGUUUUGAAAAUGAAAACGCAAAAAAAUCCACACUUUCCAAGACUGUGCAUGAACCCUGACAGAUGGCAAUAUGCAGACUGAAAUGGUCCGCUCUGAUUGACCUAAAUAACUUGUAUUGAGUUCUGUGAGAACCUAAACAGGAAGCAUAUGGUACUCUACAAAAUGCAUUUACUAUAAAUUACCAGACGUUUUUUCAAGCCAUGGUAGAAAAGGAGGAAAAGAAAAUUAGUUAACAGUUUCAGAUAAGUCCGCUCCAUGCUCUACAUAACACCAUUGCAUGAUAAAUAUAACAUCACAUCAUCUGAACACCCAGUUCUGUUAUACUACAUUCAGGGAAACAAUAUAUCACAGGUUUCAAAUAGCUGCAUAUUACUUACAACAAACAGGAGCAGAAUAUAAAUACUAAAUCCUGGAAAAGAAAAUCGGGUCAGCUUAUUUGUCCUAAAUGUACAACUAAGAAGAAUAAAAGAGAUCACUCAUUUUUACAACAGUCUCAGGUGAAGCAAAAUUCACACACAAACACAAAUGAGAUGAGAACCACAGCAGUAUUAUGUUUACCUGAAAGCACACAACCUUAAAUCUUCAUCAAUGCAAUCCCAUUUCCAAAAAGUUGCAAAGAUGGAGAACUAAAGUAAUGAUUUGCAAACCCUGUAGAAUCCCUAUUGUGAAGAUCUGUUUUAAGUUUACAAUCUGUUUCACAUAAAACUGCUUAGAAGCCAACAAUUGGCUGUUUUGAGCAGAUUGUUCUAGUUUUACACCCUUCACUGUCAAUUUAGAAUUACCUAAAAUGUCUUAACAUUGCAGCAUCUUUGUAUGUGCAUCAUUUUUGAAUAUACAGUUUACAUUUUAAUUUAAAUCUACAAGCAUAAAUAAUUCUCCUUCAUUGCUGCAAUUUCUAAGUAAAGAAUAAUAAAAGCAGCAGUUAAAAAAAUGCUCAAAACAAACAGGAAUCACUUUUACAUAGCAAUUUCCUUUAUGCAACACAUGCAGAAUUAUCAGUAUGUGAUAAUUCCACCAGGACCUUCUUGCAGCAAGAAAGUCCUGGGUUCAACUCCUGGCCCAGGAUCUUUCUGCAUGGAGUUUGCAUGUUCUCCCUGUGCAUGCGUGGGUUCUCUCCGGGUACUCUGGCUUCCUCCCACAGUCCAGGUUAAUUGGUCUCUAAAUUCUCCUUGGGUGUGUUUGUGUGCGGAUGGUUGUUUGUCCUGUCUGACUCGGUGUUCCCCUGCGAUGGAUUUACGACCUGUCCAGGGUCAGUAAAGGCCCGAAAUGUACCAGCACUCCUCCUGACCCACUGGGGACAAGGGUGUAAAGAAAAUGGAUGAAUCAUUAACUGUAUGCUUGAGGCUAAGAAAAUCUGAUAACACUUAAGCUUGUAGUGUGCACACAAACACCGAAGGAGACAAUAUUUUUGCCAGAGAGAAAGUCAGGAAUGCAGAAAACCUUCCACAGACCAAUGUAUGGCUACAAAAAGCAGCUCACUGAAGUUAUUUUAGUCAACAGGGUUACGACUAGCAAUUAGGGGAUAUUUCCAACAGUAUUUGAACAUUCUGUUGGAAAGGGCUGAAAAUUGAAUGGUGUUCUGUUUUUCCACAACUGCAUAUUAUCUAAAAAACCAAAAACAAAAUAUAGAUCAUUUAAAUGAAAUAUGAUUAUCAGAUAUGAUAUGUCAUUUCUGUUUUAAAGUAAAUAAAAAGUUGAGGGCAAGUUUGCAAAUCAUUGCCUUGUACAUCUUAUGCAGCCAACCAACAUUUUUUGGAAAUUUAGUUGCAAUGGAUUUACGAUUCUGCAUAUCGAAACAUUUAUAUAUCAAAAAUAAAUAUUCUGGACUUUAAAAUGAAGCCCAUCAGGUUCAUAUUUCACUAUUUGGGGGAUACCCACAAUCCUCUAUUCUGAUAUUCUACACAAAAAGGUUGUUAUAGCAUGUCCAUCUCUAGAAAAAUGUAUUUACUGUGCAGCAAACUUAGGUAUUAAUUUAGCUUUCUAGUGAAUCCUAAAUUACUACAAGAAUGACUUGUUUUUAAAUAUUUGUCCUACAGUGCAAGAAAUGAACGAAUCUGUCAGAUGUAAUAAAGUUUUGGGGCAGCGCAAUCUGCGCUUAACCUCAAGGCUUCAACAAAAUUUAUGAAUCUUGAUGAAAACUUAAGGAAAAAAAAAAAAAAACUAAGACCUGUAAUGUUCACAACAAACUUCAACAGCACCACUUAUUUACAAAGAUGAUAAAAGUAAUGUUCACAAGUUAAUAUUAUAAUCAUGGAUCCACAUUUCCCCAAAAAAGAAGAAAGAAAAAGAGCUGUCAGUGCAACAUCAGACCGGCUGAGGUGGCCAAAACAAAUCAAAUAGGCUAUUUGUUAUACAAACGAAAACAGA